AUGGCCCGUGGACAACCGAAGACCCAAGCACGGGUCGGGGGAAACAACUCAAAAGGGCGGGUCGACAGGAAGGCCGAACGAGUAUCUGUAAAGAAAGCGUCUCCCAAGCGCGAGUCUCGCAAGCGCGAGUCUCGCAAGCGCGGAAAGGACAUUCAACACAAACCAGUGCUGAAGGCCAGUGGUGCCGGAAAGGCCAGUGGUGCCGGAAAGGCCAGUGGUGCCGGAAAGGUAGCGACCGCCUCGACGAAGGGGCAGGUGGCGAGUUCGAUCUCAAACUCAGACAAGGUCGUGCGCAUUACAGGCAAGUCUGACUCGACUAGGUCUCGACCUCGAUCACAUGGACACAAGACUGAAACGACUAAGAAAGAAGAGAAGGAGGUGAAGGCUGAGAAGGAGGAUGAUGAGAAGGAGGAUGAUGAGAAGGAGGGUGAUGAGAAGGAGGAUGAUGAUGAGAAGGAGGAUGAUGAGAAGGAGGAUGAUGAGAAGGAUGAUGAAGGUGUACGUGAAGAAGAUUUGUCGCGAACCGUAUUGAUUAAGAAUGUGGAUGUGGGUGUAUUGUCUAAGCCGUAUGAUUUGAUUCGAUUUUUGGGUUUCACAAAGAAGGAUUUGGAGUCGUAUCGUUUUGUGAGUUUGCCUAUACAUCCUUUGUAUCAAAAUUUGCCUCGACAUGUUGCGGUGCAGAAGAAGACUAUGUUUGUAGAGGGGGUGCCGUGCUAUAUGUAUAUUGUGUUUAAAGAGGAGCAGGAUGUGUAUAAAGCAUUGUUGAAGAAUACUUUUGUUUAUGGUCAACGACAUUUAUUUAUUGAGAAGGCGGAGAGAGCUGGUACCGCGAAGAAGGUUAAAUUCGAUCGUCUAUACUCUGUGUUUGUUGGCAACAUACCGCGAUCAUGGAGUGAAGACCACUUGUAUGAGAGUUUUCUGAAGUAUGGUAAUAUCCGAAAUGUUCGACUUCUUCGUGAUUCUAUUACCCACUUGAGUAAAGGGUAUGGAUACGUGCUAUUCACUAACAAAGAUUCUGUUAUAACCAGCGUUAGAGAUUGGAAGGGAAUUGAACUUUCACCAGGACAUAGUCUGAGAGUACAGAAAUGUCUUAAAGCAUCAGAAAUCCAACAACUUAAAUUAAAGAAGGAAGCAUUCAAUCAACAAAGACGAGAGAAAAUAAACUCCAGGAUCAAAGCCAAAAGAACAUUCAGGCAACUUGGUCCUAAUGCAAAGAAAAAACUUCGAAGAAAGGUCACCGGGAAAUGA